GUUUUAAAAAAAGUGGGGAAGUUUUUGUAUGCGAUCAGCAUGACUUAACUGGCCAGUUCGUUUAAAACAUUAUAUGUCAACGGUGACGCUCCGCCGCAUCGUCGAUUUAUCUGUUUGUGUCCGAUUGAGAUUUCUAUUCAAACGCGUUGGAGAUUCUAAUCAUUUGUUGCUACGGACGUAGAUCUUUAAAGGACAGUGUUCCAGCAAAUGAUUUUGAUUUUGGAAACUGCUUUUUGAAACUGAAAGACUCAGUUUUGAUCGAGCCUAAAUUAAAAAUUGAGAUUUUUUUCUGAUUUCGAUAAAAAUUGAGAUUGUACGGUUAGCAUCGAUUAUUGUCUCUUUCAUCAGUUGGCGGUUACCCUGGCGGUCGCUAUGACGAUCUCGAUGACCGACACUGCCUUGGAUAUAGAAAAGAAGGCGAUCGGGCGUUGCGGUCGACGCAGUCAUCGUCUUCGCAUCUGGUUCACCUGGAUUUACUGCGGCAUCUUCCUGAUCAGUUCCGUCGGCUUUUACAUGUUCUGGUACACAGACGCGAUCAACAAUUACAUGUUGUCGUUUAUGGAAUUGCGUAACGGCACUCUCAUCUUUGACUGGUGGCAGUGUCCACCCUUGAAGAUGAAAUAUAAAAUCUAUAUCUUUAAUUACACGAACGUUGACGAAUUCGAGGCGAACGAGGUGAGCAAGCUGCACGUCCAGGAGCUUGGUCCGUACGAAUAUCAAGAGACGAUGUCUCGCACGAACGUGGUAUUGAACGAUAAUGGCACGAUCAGUUAUCAGACCAAGAGAUCCUUUGAAUGGAUAGGCGGGCGACCCGAGAAUGAUAUUGUGCUAGUGCCAAAUGUGCCGUUGAUGUUCACCACCGCUUACGUCCGGGAUCUGAGCUUCGCUGUACGAUUCGUUACUAACACAGUGCUGUCAACUCUGCAAGAGCAGUCGUUCAUUAACGAGACUGUCAACGGUUUCCUCUGGGGAUAUGACACUCAACUUUUCCACAUGGCCAAACCGUUGUUAAUGCUGCAACAUGACAUACCCUUUGAAAAGUUCGGUUUGCUGGCCAUGAAAACUGGUAUCGAUAAGGAUCGCAUCACAAUACAUACGGGAUCGCAAGAUGUGAAAAAUUUCGGCGUGAUCGAUCGGGUGAACGGAGUGAACCGCCGAGUCAUUUGGGAUGACGAACAAUGUGAUAAAAUUGAAGGCACUGAGGGUGGCAUAUUUCCACCACAUUUGAUACAGGACACAAGUAAACCCCUUUACAUGUAUGCUAAGGAUAUUUGCAGGAAAAUAUCAUUCCAUUUCACCGAACAAGUGAUUAACUAUGACAUACCUUCUUUAAGAUAUAAAUUCACGCCAGAUGCAUUUAACUUCUCAAAUAAGCAAAAUGAAUGCUUCUGCCCGAAAGUACAUGAUAAGAGAGUCUGUCCGCCCUCAGGACUCUUUAACACGUCCAGGUGCAAUUAUGGUACCCCCUUGCUUGUAUCAUUUCCGCAUUUUUAUGGUGCCGAUAAAUCUUUGCUGGAACAAAUAGAUGGUUUAAAUCCUCGGCAGGAAGAUCAUGAGACUUACAUAGACAUACAUCCGCGCAUAGCAAUUCCCAUAGCCGGCCGAUCGAGGAUACAAUUAAACCUGGAGGUACGAAAGGCAAUCGGCGUGCCGUUUCUCGGGAAUCUGAAAGACGGCAUGAUCCUUCCACUUAUCUGGGUCGAAAUCGGGAUAGACGAACUUCCGGAACAAUUGUUGGAAAUGAUCCAGAGCGCACAUUUCACAAUGGGCAACAUUGAAUUGGCUUUGCAAUGGAGUACUUUGAUAACGAUGAUACUCUCCUUCAGUGCUAUGAUUACUUGUUUUUGGAAAUCUCGUUCGAAACAGAAUGUGGUUCUCCGAAGAAACUCAUUCGUUCAAAAUAAUCUUCUUGAGAUGCUCUGAAUGGAAUGGAAACCGCUUGAAAAAAAUGAAUGAACGAGCGAAAACCGUCGCGAUCUAUUAAAAAAAAAAAAGAAAACAUGAAUUCAAAAGAUAUCAGAACUAUUUUUAUAGUCUAAUUUUUUAGACGUUUGAAUUUUGUAAAGGUUUCUUGAGAUUUUUGUGCUCGAGAUGUUCGAUUAAAGACAAAAGAUGCCGACAGUUUCUUUCUCGUAAAGGUACGGAAAAACGAAUUUGGGUCAAGUAAAGUAACUCGGUAACAUAAAUGAUAAUUGUUGUGCAAUUAGAAUAAUGUAUA